CGCAGUACACAGAAGGCCUUGGAAACAUCAGAGCAGGUUAAAAAUGGCAAGGAAUUUGCCUGCGGGAAUCUCGAACACAACACAGCAGUUUUGCUGUCUCUGUCCAGAUAUUUAAGAAGUGGUGCAAGGGAUUCAGCCGAUCAUCCUUCCUGCUCAGGCUGUGGGGAGGGAUUCACUCGAUCAUCCUUCCUGCUCAGGCUGUGGGGAGGGAUUCACUUGAUCAUCCUUCCUGCUCAGACUGUGGGGAGGGAUUCACUCGGUCAUCUGAACGACUGGCACACCGAUCAUUUUAAACAGGUGAGGAACCCAUUCAUCUGCUCAGACAGUGGGAAUGGAUACAGAUGGUCAUUUCAUCUGAAGGGACAUCACCAAGUUCACACUGGGACAAGGCCAUUCACCUAUUCUGUGUGUGAGAAGGGAUUCAGUCGGUCAUCCCACCUGUGGACACACCAGUCAGUUCACACUGGGCAGAGGCUGGUCAUCUGAGGAAUUUGGGGAAGGAUUCACUCGGUCAUCUGACCUAAUGGUUCACUAGCAAAUUCACUCCGGGGAGCGGCCAUUCACCUGCUCAGACUGUCGGAAGGGAUUCACUUGGUCAUCCACCCAAAUGGCUCACCAACGAGUUCACACCGGGCAGUGGCGGUUCACCUGCUCAGACUGUGGGAAGGGAUUCACUUGGUCAUACCAACUGAAGGUGCAUCAGAGAGUUCACACUGGAGAGAGACCAUUCACCUGCUCAGACUGUGGGGAGGGAUUCACUCAGUCAUACACCCUAAUGGCUCACCAGCGAGUUCACACCGGGGAGCAGCCGUUCACCUGUUCGGACUGUGGGAAGGGAUUCACUUGCUCAUCUAAACUGAAGCUACAUCAGAGAGUUCACACUGGAGAGAGGCCAUUCACCUGCUUAGACUGUGGGAAGGGAUUCAUCACAUCAUCUGAACUGAAGGUACAUCGGAGAGUUCACACUGGGGAACGGCCAUUCAUCUGCUCAGAAUGUGGGAAGGGAUUCACUCAGUCAUGUCAUCUGAAGGCACAUCAGCUAGUUCACACCAGAGAGAGGCCAUUCACCUGCUCAGAGUGUGGGAAGGGAUUCACUGGGUCACCCCAACUACAAGCACACCAGUCAGUUCACACUGGAGAGAGGCCAUUCACCUGCUCAGACUGUGGGAAGGGAUUCACUGGGUCAUCCCAACUACAAGCACACCAGUCAGUUCACACUGGGGAGAGGCCAUUCACCUGCUCAGUCUGCGGGAAGGAUUCAGUCAGUCAUCUAGGUACAGAAGUCAGAAGGUACAUCAGUGAGUUCACACUGGGGAGAAGCCAUUCACCGUCUGAAGCCUGAAUUUUACCUCUGCAUAGACGCUACUUGUGUGUUCUUGUGCCUGUGUCACUCGGCCAAAAUGCUAGUUGGCGUUGGGGUUCUAUGGUACUGUGUUGCAUUGACUCGUGCUGAGUUGGGAACGAUGGUGACUGCUGACUACAUCUUGUUGGAGUUCGAGCUAAUCGAUGUUGAACAAGAGUUACUUUUAUUGAAAUUACUGCAGCGCAGGAAAGAGAAGUUUUUACAUUACGUUGUGCAGUCCACAAUGUCCAAACCGAUGUUUGUGAAAAUUUCUUUGCACGAAGUUGAUGCCAUUUUCAAGUGUUUAUUCUUUGCCGUUGAAGAGUCAUGCAAAUGUACAUAUUAUCUGACUACAUCACUUAACCUUUCCUCGACUUGGUCCACUUUCCAACUUCGAAGCAACUGGAAAUUCAUAGGAGGAAACUGGCUGCUGCCAAGUGAACCAUUCACAGUUCUUGCGGUCUGUGUCACCACGACGCAUAGCUACAUUUUUGGGAAUGUGCACGUUAGGCCUCAUUAGGUAAAAGACUCUCUUGGAGGCGUUACAUGGAGUCGGUAGCUUUCGGGCCUUGCUCCGCUCAUUUUAAAUUUACUUACCACCCCUUUAAUAUCUUUAUCAAAGUGUUUAUAACACUUUUAUAUGUUUGAAUUUGAAUUUUAAUCGACUGAAAUGGCUUAUAGAGAAGAAAGGCAUUAGCUGAAGGCGAGGAAACUGGCAAUGGAAAUGGGAAGAAAGAAGAUGUCUUUGAACAGCCUAAAGAGUUUCAACUUACUUUACAGGCUAUCUCGAAUCAUUUGGAUGAAAAACUUGAUAAAAGGUUUACUACCUUGGAAGUAUGGUUAAAGGAGAGCUAAGGUGGAUUGGCAACACUUGAAAAGAAGAAUGAAAAACAGCAGUGACAAAUUUCAGUGCCUUAUAAGCUGGAAAACAGAGAGAUCACAAAUUGAAUUCUUUGGAAAAGAAACGAACUUCGACCACACAUACAUUGGAGCAGAAUAAAGUCAGGUUUACUGAUUUGGAGAGUCGAAGCCACAGACUGAAUUUGCGAAUAAUAGACUCAGUGAGGAUGUUGAGAGCCGGGAUCUUACUCAGUUUUUUUUCUCAAUUCUUAAUGGAGGUCUUUGGCUUGGAGGUUCCUUCUUCUCUUCCUGCGCUCGACCGCACACAUCGGGCACUGAAACCAAAACCGUCGAAAGGGUUAAAACCGCGUCAUGUAAUUCUACGAUGUCACAAUGUGAAUACUAAGGAGCUCUUCAUUCCGCUUGCUCGUCAGAAAGGAGUUACUGAGCAUCAGCAUCUUAAGUUUCAUUUUGUUGAAGAUUGUUGUCCUGAGGUUAUGCAAGAAAGAUCGCGUUUUAAAAUGGUGAUGUCAGAAUUAUAUCAGAGGAUUCUUCAUCUGGCUUUCACCUAAGGGUUGUUCUGCCUCAUAGAUCAUUUAAAUGGUUUAAAUCCAUGGAUGAAGCAAAACAAUUUCUCGAAGAUCUAAGCUUGAAUGCAGAUGUCUAAUAUUUUGAAGAUCAAUAUUUGUGUUUGGAUGUCUAUAAAAUUUACCAUUCCUUUAUGUCUGUGUA